GGCGGCCGUUGCUUGCAUACAACUACGUACAGUAAGCAGCAUGUCAGAAUCUUCGGGUUCUGAUAUCUUUGGUUAUAUCGCUGGAGCUAGUUUUCUCAUUGCCUUGGGAGGAAGCCUCGUGGAGUCUCAUCUUCCCAAUGCUAGAAUGAGGCUACUUGAAGAAGUUUUCAAAGACACUGAAGCAAUUUUGCACUCACUGGGCCGCCAAUGGUGGAACAAGGCUUUCUACCUGACGCACACUUCUCCCAGAAAUUGGAACAGCGUCUCCGCUCUACAGGUAAAGUCGUCCGAGCUACGUGUGAGGACGGUUUGUGCCACUACUCCUUGGAAGGAGUAUACAGAGUUCUGUAGCGGUCUCUCUCGAUCAAUAGGUACCUGUUUACAGCAAGUUAAAGAACUCCGAGCGCUUGUUGUUUCAACGACUGAAGCUGAGCGUCGGCGUUUAUACAACGAGCAGCGUGGAAGCGGAGGCUCCCCGACUACUGCUGCAAGUGGGCCAACAGAAGUCACCGGCGAGAUAUCAUCAGAUUCGUCUCAGGGUUCUUCAGAAAAUGGAAACAUUACAGUUUCUGGUGCCUCGUCUGAAGAGCGCCACUAUCCUCCAAAACCUGUAGCUCCAAGCCCGGUAACCAUCUGAUAUGGCAUCUCCCCCUCGGUUUCUCCAUCAAGCCCUUGCUGUACUGCUAUGAAAUUUCUGCUUACUAUUGGAAUUCGUUACGCUUAUGUUUAGUUCUGUCAGGUUGUUAUCAUGUCCUUGUAAAGCAAGUUGUAUGUACGGCUGUAUGUCGUUAAGUGUACGGUGUGUUGUAUGAUUAAUUGUUCGCUGCGUUUUUGAAAG